GAGGGUAUCAGAAUCUGCAGGAAAGGUUUCCCCAGCAGAAUUCCCUAUGCUGACUUCAAGCAGAGGUACAAGGUGCUGAAUGCCAGUGUCAUCCCCGAUGGCCAGUUCAUUGACAACAAGAAGGCUUCAGAGAAGCUGCUUGGGUCAAUUGAUGUCCCACAUGAUGAGUACAAAUUUGGACACACCAAGGUGUUCUUCAAGGCCGGUCUGCUAGGUACCCUUGAGGAGAUGAGAGAUGAAAAACUGGCAUCACUGGUCACCAUGACUCAAGCUUUGGCCCGUGGUUACGUCAUGAGAAAGGAGUUUGUGAAGAUGACUGAGAGGAGGGAAGCCAUCUAUUCCAUCCAGUACAAUAUCCGCUCAUUCAUGAAUGUGAAACACUGGCCAUGGAUGAAGGUGUACUACAAGAUCAAGCCUCUGCUGAAGAGUGCUGAAACUGAGAAGGAGCUGGCAAACAUGAAGGAGAACUAUGAAAAGAUGAAAACUGACUUGGCUGCUGCCCUGUCCAAGAAGAAGGAGCUGGAGGAGAAGAUGGUUUCCCUUCUGCAGGAGAAAAAUGAUCUGCAGCUGCAAAUAGCAUCUGAAGGAGAUAAUCUCUCAGAUGCUGAGGAGAGAUGUGAGGGUCUUAUCAAGGGCAAGAUUCAGAUGGAGGCCAAACUCAAAGAGACAAGUGAGAGACUGGAGGAUGAAGAGGAAAUCAAUGCUGAGCUCACUGCCAAAAAGAGAAAGCUGGAGGAUGAAUGCUCUGAGCUCAAGAAGGAUAUUGAUGACCUGGAGCUUACCUUGGCCAAAGUGGAGAAGGAGAAACAUGCCACUGAGAACAAGGUCAAGAACCUGACCGAGGAGAUGGCCUCUCAGGAUGAGAGCCUUGCUAAGUUGACCAAGGAAAAGAAAGCCCUUCAGGAGUCUCAUCAGCAGACACUUGAUGACCUGCAGGCUGAGGAAGACAAAGUCAACACUCUGACCAAGGCCAAGACCAAGCUUGAGCAGCAAGUGGACGAUCUUGAGGGUUCUCUGGAGCAAGAGAAGAAGCUGCGUAUGGACCUUGAGAGAACCAAGAGGAAGCUCGAGGGUGAUCUGAAACUGGCCCAGGAAUCCAUUAUGGACCUUGAGAAUGAAAAGCAGCAGUCUGAUGAGAAAAUUAAAAAGAAGGACUUUGAAACCAGUCAGCUCCUUAGCAAGAUUGAAGAUGAGCAGUCAAUGGGUGCUCAGCUUCAGAAGAAGAUCAAGGAGCUUCAGGCCCGCAUUGAGGAACUGGAGGAAGAGAUUGAGGCUGAGCGUGCUGCUCGUGCCAAGGUGGAAAAGCAGAGAGCUGACCUCUCCAGGGAACUUGAGGAGAUCAGUGAGAGGCUAGAGGAGGCUGGUGGUGCCACCUCUGCUCAGAUUGAGAUGAACAAGAAGCGUGAGGUUGAGUUCCAGAAGCUCCGUCGAGACCUUGAGGAGUCCACUCUGCAGCAUGAAUCCACUGCCGCUGCUCUUCGCAAGAAGCAGGCUGACAGCGUUGCUGAGCUGGGAGAGCAGAUUGACAACCUCCAGCGUGUUAAGCAGAAGCUUGAGAAGGAAAAGAGUGAAUACAAGAUGGAGAUCGAUGACCUCUCCAGCAACAUGGAGAAUGUUGCUAAAGCAAAGGGAAAUCUUGAAAAGAUGUGCCGUACUCUUGAGGACCAACUUAGCGAACUGAAGACCAAGAAUGAUGAAAAUGUUCGUCAGAUCAAUGACACAAGUUCACAGAAAGCCCGUCUCCUGACAGAAAAUGGUGAGUUCAGCCGUCAAAUUGAAGAGAAAGAAUCGCUUGUCUCCCAGCUGACCAGAGGCAAACAGGCCUUCACACAGCAGAUUGAGGAGCUGAAGAGACAGACUGAAGAGGAGGUUAAGGCCAAGAAUGCUCUUGCCCAUGGACUGCAAUCAGCUCGCCAUGACUGUGAUCUGCUGAGAGAGCAGUUUGAGGAGGAGCAGGAGGCCAAGGCUGAACUGCAGCGUGGAAUGUCCAAGGCCAACAGUGAGGUGGCUCAGUGGAGAUCUAAGUAUGAGACUGAUGCUAUUCAGCGCACUGAGGAGCUUGAGGAAUCCAAGAAAAAGCUUGCCCAGCGCCUUCAGGAGGCUGAGGAGCAGAUUGAGGCAGUGAAUUCCAAAUGUGCUUCUCUUGAGAAAACCAAACAGAGGCUCCAGAGUGAGGUGGAGGACCUCAUGAUUGAUGUGGAGAGGGCCAACAGUCUCGCAGCCAACCUUGACAAGAAGCAGAGGAACUUUGACAAGGUGUUGGCAGAGUGGAAACAGAAGUAUGAGGAGGGUCAGGCAGAGCUUGAGGGAGCACAGAAGGAGGCUCGUUCUCUCAGCACUGAGCUGUUCAAGAUGAAGAACUCUUAUGAGGAAACUCUGGAUCACCUGGAAACCAUGAAGCGUGAAAACAAGAACCUGCAACAGGAGAUCUCAGAUCUGACUGAACAGAUUGGUGAGACUGGCAAGAGCAUCCAUGAGCUGGAGAAGUCCAAGAAGCAGUUGGAGACAGAGAAGACUGAGAUCCAGACAGCUCUUGAAGAGGCUGAGGGAACUCUGGAACAUGAAGAGUCUAAGAUCCUGCGUGUCCAGUUGGAGCUCAACCAGAUCAAGGGUGAGGUGGACAGGAAGCUGGCAGAGAAAGAUGAGGAGAUGGAGCAGAUCAAGAGGAACAGCCAGAGAGUGAUUGACUCCAUGCAGAGCACUCUGGACUCUGAGGUCAGGAGCAGGAACGAUGCCCUGAGGAUCAAGAAGAAGAUGGAGGGAGACCUGAAUGAGAUGGAGGUCCAGCUGAGCCACGCCAAUCGCCAGGCUGCUGAGUCCCAGAAGCAGCUGAGGAAUGUGCAGGCACAGUUUAAGGAUGCACAACUGCACCUUGAUGAUGCUGUUAGAGCCCAGGAAGACUUCAAGGAACAAGCUGCCAUGGUGGAACGCAGGAACGGUCUCAUGACUGCUGAAAUUGAGGAACUUAGAGCUGCUCUGGAGCAAACAGAGAGAAGCCGCAAAAUGGCAGAGCAGGAGCUGGUGGACGCCAGUGAGCGUGUUGGACUUCUGCACUCUCAGAACACAAGCCUCAUGAACACCAAGAAGAAGCUUGAGGCUGAUCUGGUCCAGGUCCAGGGUGAAGUGGAUGACACUGUUCAGGAAGCAAGGAAUGCAGAGGAGAAGGCCAAGAAGGCCAUCACUGAUGCUGCUAUGAUGGCUGAAGAGCUGAAGAAGGAGCAGGACACCAGUGCUCACCUGGAGAGGAUGAAGAAGAACCUGGAGGUUGGUGUCAAGGACCUGCAGCACCGCCUGGAUGAGGCUGAGAACCUGGCCAUGAAGGGUGGCAAGAAGCAGCUCCAGAAACUUGAGUCAAGGGUGCGUGAGCUGGAGACAGAGGUUGAGACUGAGCAGAGACGUGGAGUAGAUGCUGUUAAGGGUGUCCGCAAAUAUGAGAGGAGAGUGAAGGAGCUCACCUAUCAGACUGAAGAGGACAAGAAAAAUGGCUCCAGGCUGCAAGAUCUGGUUGACAAGUUGCAACUCAAGGUGAAGGCCUACAAGAGGCAGUCUGAGGAAGCGGAGGAGCAGGCCAAUGUCCAUCUGUCCAAGUGCAGGAAGGUCCAGCAUGAGCUGGAGGAGGCUGAGGAGCGUGCUGACAUUGCAGAGUCCCAGGUCAACAAGCUGAGAGCAAAGAGCCGUGACUCUGGCAAGGGAAAAGAAGUAGCUGAAUAAAGCAUAUUGAAUGUUUCAUUGUGUUGAAUCAUAAAAUAUGAUAUAAUUCAUGCUGAAACAAUAAAGGU